CCAGUUAUACACACGUCAACAUAUUCGACUUCCUUUUCUGAUGAAGAUCUAACCAAUCUAGUAAAUUAUUUCUAUUUUUAUGGUCUUGUUUUUUGGUUGCCUUUGGAAACUUAGGUUAGUAUACGAAGGUUUAAUUUAUUUCAUGUUUUACGGGCUUGUGCUUCAGUUUGUUUUCACAUCAUUUCUUGUAAAAAUGCAUAAGGUGUUUGGUUGAUUAUUACUUUAUGUUCUAGAGUUGUUGGUACACCAUUUCACAGUUCAACUGGUUCUUAGCCCAGGCAGCAAACCAAAUCAGUUAUAGCAAUGGAACUUGUUGGUCUCAUAGCGGCACAUUUUUUCUUCCCUUGGUAGCUCAAAUAUCUUGUGUCUUGAGUUUGGAAAAAACUUUUGCUUGAUCUCAUUUUAGUAAAUUUCAAGUGUAGGAGUUACUCAGGGGAUCAUUCUUGAGCUUGAGGUCCUGCAUUUGUGCUGCCUGCUGUUUUGAUUCACGGACUACUCAUUUCCCUGUACCCUUUUAAGAAAAAUACUGGAACUUCUGAGCUCAGUUUAUUCAGAGUUGAAGAUCAAGAUAGGAGGAAGGUUAAACUCUUCCGACUCAUUUCAUGUGUGCAACAAGGCAACUGCAAUAAGGGCUUUCAGUAGAUUGACUCCAGAUGGAUCAAUUCAAGUAGAGAGGUGUAGGAGGAGGUAUGAGAUACUACUUGCGUCAGAUUCAGCGUUUGGCUGGAGACUCGGAAGGAGGAGCAGUGUUGUUUGUAGAAGACCUCAACUCCAAGUGACAAGGCGACCAGUUGUUGACACUUCCUUCUUUUUUUGUUUUUUCCCCUGGAAAGAUGGAGAUGAAUUCUUCUGGUGAGGAAACAGUAAUAAAGGUGCGGAAACCGUACACAAUCACAAAACAACGGGAGAGGUGGACCGAGGCAGAGCACAAACGGUUCCUUGAAGCCCUCAAACUGUAUGGGAGAGCUUGGCAGCGCAUUGAAGAGCAUGUUGGGACAAAGACGGCUGUGCAAAUCAGAAGCCAUGCUCAAAAAUUCUUCACCAAGCUGGAAAAGGAAGCUAUCAAUAAUGGCACUUCUCCGGGGCAAGCUCAUGAUAUCGACAUACCUCCACCACGGCCUAAAAGAAAACCGAACUGUCCAUAUCCUCGAAAAGGUUGUCUCAGUUCUGAGACACCCACGAGAGAAGUUUCAAAUGACAAGCCAACAAAAUCAAAUGUAAGCUUGAGCAAUAGCAAUGCACAGACGGAAAGCAAUGGAACUCUUCAGAAACUUCAAAGAAUGGAGCUGUCCGAAAAUGGUAAUUGCUCAGAAGUUCUUAAUCUCUUUCAAGAAGCACCAUCUGCCUCAUUUUCUUCUGUUAGCAAGAGGUCUUCAAAUCAUGGUGCAUCUAGGGCAAUUGAACCGACUAAAACAGAAAUCAAAGAUAUGGCAACCAUGGAAAGGAAUAUUAUAUCCAUUGAUGUUGAGAAGGAUGUAAAAGAUAAUAAUGAUCAGCAAAUGGAAAGUCUCAACAGAGUCCAAACCUGUUCUAAAUAUGACCAUUCUCAUGAAGAUUGUCGGGAUAACUCAAGGCAACACAUGAAGUUAAAGCCAAAGACAGUGGAGACAUCGUAUAUGAACCAACAUGCUGUAAGUGCUCCACAGUGCCAAAUGAAUAAAACUGGGGCAACUGACAUUCCAGUGCCUGGCACUGAAGGAAGUCAUCCUGAUCAAACAAAUGAUCAAGUGGGAGGAGCCAACGGAAGCAUAAAUGGCAUCCAUCCAACACUUCCUGUGGAUCCAAAAUUGAACAUCAGCUCAGCGGCGCAGCCCUUUCCCCACAACUAUGCAGCGUUUGCACCAACGAUACAAGGUCACUGCAACCAAGAUGCCUACAGGUCUUCUUUUGAUAUGUCAUCCACCUUCUCCAGCAUGCUUGUUUCCACAUUGUUGUCAAACCCAGCAGUACAUGCAGCCGCAAGGCUUGCAGCAUCAUACUGGCCAGCAGCAGACAGCAACACUCAUAUUCUUCCAAAUGAAGAAAAUCUUACUGAGAAUGCUCAAGGAAGACAUAUUGGCUCUCCUCCCAGCAUGGCUUCUAUUGUAGCAGCUACAGUUGCAGCAGCAUCGGCAUGGUGGGCAACACAAGGUCUUCUCCCUCUGUUUGCUCCCCCCAUGGCUUUUCCAUUUGUCCCAGUUCCUAGUGCUUCCUUUCCCACGACGGAUGUUCAGCGAGCUUCAGUGAACUGCCCAGUUGACAGCUCAUCGAAGGAAUGCCAAGUAGCUCAAGAGCAAGAUCAACCUGAAGCUAUGAUGGUUGUAGCAUCUUCAGGGUCCGGCGAGGAUGGAAAAGCGGAGGUGUCUCUCCACACUGAGUUAGAGAUAUCUCCGGCUGAUAAAGCUGAGACAACACCUGCCACAGGAGCUGAAACAAGUGAUGCAUUCGGAAACAAGAAGGAUCGCUCUUCAUGUGGCUCCAACACGCCGUCAAGUAGUGAUGUUGAGGCAGAACAUGUUCCUGAGAAACAAGACCAAGCUAACGACAAGACACAGCAAGCAUCUUGCAGUAAUUCUUCAGCUGGUGACAUUAACCACCGCAGAUUUAGGAGCAUCGCAAGCACAAGUGAUUCAUGGAAGGAAGUUUCCGAAGAGGGUCGUAUGGCUUUCGAUGCACUUUUCAGUAGAGGAAAGCUUCCCCAAAGCUUUUCUCCUCUACAAGCAGAAGGGUCGAAGGCGGUUGCCAAGGAGGGACAAGAUGAAGCAGCUGCAGUGACGGUCGACCUCAACAAGAGCCCCACGAUUAUCGAUCUUGAAUUGGAAACAUCGGUUGGGCCAAAAGCUUCCUUUCCCAUUGAAUUGACACACCUGAAUAUGAAAUCCCGCCGGACAGGCUUCAAGCCUUACAAGAGGUGCUCGGUGGAAGCAAAGGAGAAUAGGGUGCCUGCUGGUGACGAGGUUGGUACCAAGAGGAUUCGCCUCGACAGUGAAGCCUCCACCUGAUUUGCGUUCCAUGACAUGGUUACUGGCUUCUACAAGUAGUUUAUUUUCAAGAAAUUAUAAGUAUUUACAUCUAAGCUACUAUUGGACUUCUCAGUCCUUGCAAUGCAGUGUUUCACAAAACUCAA